AUGCCUCGUAGGCAAUACGAUGAUGAUGACGAACUGGAGCCAGAGGAGGAAGAAGAUUACGAGGCAGUGGACGAGGAAGAGGAGGAAGAUGAGGAGUACCAUGGCGGCGGGAAGGCCGGGAGGAAACGGACGAGAUCGGAUUUCAUAGACGAUUUGGCGGAGGAGGACGAUGAGGAAGAGGAGGAAGAUGAUGAUGAAGAGUAUGGCGGCGGCGGCGGCGGUCACGGUGGUAAGCGGCAAAAAAAUCGAGGGCUGUCGAACUUCUUUGACGAGGAAGCACAGGUGGACAGUGACGAAGAUGAGGAAGAAGAGGAAGGCGAAGAUGACUUCAUUGAUACUGGAGCCGAUAUACCUGAUGAAGAUGAUAGACGGAUUCAUCAUCGGCCCCUCCUUCCACGUGAGGAUGAGCAAGAAGACAUUGAAGAUUUACAGAGAAGGAUACAACAGAGAUAUGCUAGGAGUCAUGAUGUAGAGUACGAUGAGGAGGCGACUGAUGUAGAGCAACAAGCUCUUUUGCCAUCUGUUAGGGACCCAAAAUUGUGGAUGGUGAAAUGUGCGAUUGGCCGUGAAAGGGAGGUGGCGGUUUGCCUAAUGCAGAAGUGCAUUGAUAAGGGACCUGAAAUGCAGAUUAGAUCAGCUAUAGCACUUGAUCAUUUAAAAAACUAUAUAUAUAUUGAAGCAGACAAAGAGGCCCAUGUGAGGGAGGCUGUCAAGGGUAUGCGUAAUAUAUAUCCCAGUAAAGUAAUGCUCGUUCCAAUCAAGGAGAUGACUGAUGUUCUUUCAGUUGAGAGCAAAGCUAUUGAUGUUUCCAGAGAUACUUGGGUUAGAAUGAAGAUUGGAACUUAUAAAGGGGAUCUUGCAAAGGUUGUGGAUGUUGAUAAUGUGCGACAGAGAGUUACUGUGAAAUUAAUUCCAAGGAUUGACUUGCAGGCUCUGGCUAACAAAUUGGAAGGGAGGGAAGUUCCAAAGAAAAAGGCCUUCACUCCUCCUGCACGCUUUAUGAAUGUUGAUGAAGCUAGAGAAUUGCACAUUCGUGUUGAGCGUAGACGAGAUCCAGCUACUGGUGAUUACUAUGAAAACAUUGGGGGCAUGAUGUUCAAGGAUGGUUUCCUAUACAAAACGGUGUCGAUGAAGUCAAUAAGCACUCUGAAUGUACAGCCUACUUUUGAUGAACUUGAGAAAUUUAGGCAGCCUGAUGAAACAGGGGAUGGUGAUGUGUCUAGUCUAUCAACCCUGUUUGCAAAUAGGAAAAAAGGUCAUUUCAUGAAGGGCGACAGGGUAAUUGUCGUCAAGGGAGACCUGAAAAAUCUAAAGGGUUCAGUGGAGAAGGUGGAGGAAGAUACUGUACAUAUCAAACCCCAUGAGAAAGGCCUUCCCAAAACUUUAGCUAUUAGCGACAGGGAGCUCUGCAAAUACUUCGACCCUGGAAAUCAUGUGAAAGUUGUGUCUGGAGCUACUGAGGGUGCAACUGGAAUGGUGGUGUCAGUUGAGGGGCACGUUGUAAAUAUAGUGUCAGACACUACAAAAGAUCUUCUACGUGUAUUCGCUGACAAUGUCGUGGAGAGCUCUGAGGUAACAUCUGGUAUCACGCGAAUUGGAGAUUACGAGCUUCAUGACCUUGUUUUGAUGGAUGAUAAUAGUUUUGGUGUGAUUAUACGUGUGGAGAGUGAAGCUUUUCAGGUCCUUAAGGGGGUCCCAGAGAGGCCAGAUGUCGCACUUGUGAGGCUAAGGGAGAUCAAAUACAAGAUUGACAAGAAACUUUUUGCAAAAGAUCGGUACAAAAACACAUUAUCAGUGAAAGAUGUGGUGAAAAUUUUGGAUGGUCCAUGCAGGGGGAAACAAGGUCCUGUUGAGCAUAUCUACAAAGGAAUUUUGUUUAUUUAUGAUCGACAUCACCUUGAACAUGCUGGCUUCAUAUGUGCUAAAUCCGAAUCUUGUAUGAUGGUUGGUGGAUCACGUGCAAAUGGAGAUAGGAAUGGCAACUCGCUCGCGUCAAGAUUUAACCAUCUCAGAACCCCACCGCGUGCUCCCCAAUCUCCAAUGAGAACGCCUAGAGGCGGUCCUAUAAAUUCGGGCGGAAGGCAUAGAGGUGGACGAGGACAUGAUCCUUUAGUGGGGACUGCAAUAAAAAUUCGACUGGGCCAUUACAAGGGAUGCAAGGGCCGUGUUGUGGAUGUUAAAGGUUCCUCUGUUCGGGUUGAAUUGGAGUCGCAGAUGAAGAUUGUUACAGUUGAUCGUAGCUAUGUUUCUGAUAAGGUGAACGUCUCAACGCCAUUUAGAGAAACAUCCAGAUAUGGUAUGGGAAGUGAGACCCCCAUGCAUCCUUCUCGAACUCCAUUACAUCCAUAUAUGACUCCUAUGAGAGAUCCUGGAGCUACACCUAUUCAUGAUGGUAUGAGGACGCCUAUGCGUGACCGGGCAUGGAAUCCAUAUACACCAAUGAGUCCACCAAGGGAUAAUUGGGAAGAUGCGAAUCCUGCUUCUUGGGGAACUAGUCCGCAGUAUCAGCCUGGAAGUCCUCCUUCACGAGCUUAUGAAGCACCUACUCCUGGUUCUGGUUGGACUAGCACUCCUGGGGGCAAUUACAAUGAAGCGGGCACUCCAAGGAAUAAUACUUCCGCCUAUGCAAAUGCUCCAAGCCCGUACUUGCCUUCUACUCCUGGUGGACAACCUCCAUUGACCCCAAGCUCUGCGUAUUUACCUGGUACACCUGGAGGGCAACCAAUGACUCCAGGGAGUGGUGGCCUGGACAUGAUGUCACCUGUUGUAGGUGCUGACAGUGAAGGACCUUGGUUCUUGCCGGACAUUUUAGUCAAUAUUCAUAGGUCUGGUGAAGACAAUGCUUUGGGAGUUAUCAGAGAAGUGCUUCCGGAUGGUUCAUGUAGGGUUGCUCUAGGUUCAAGUGGGAAUGGUGAAACAGUCACUGUCCUUCCCAGUGAACUCGAGAUCGUUGUGCCGAGGAAGUCGGACAAAAUUAAGAUCAUGGGUGGUGCGCAACGUGGGGCAACCGGGAAGCUUAUUGGCAUCGAUGGUACUGACGGCAUUGUUAAAGUGGAUGAUACGCUGGAUGUGAAAAUUCUAGACAUGGUUAUAUUGGCCAAACUUGCUCAAACAGGAUGA